GCCACUUGUCUCCACAAUGCAACAGCUUCAUGUUCACACUCACCUCAGCGAUCAGCCGCUGCUACGCCACAUAUUUGUUGACGGUUCGAUCCCCGGUCGUUAAUAACGCUGAUGUGCCGGAAGACAACGACAGGGUGUGUUCGCUCAGCAGCAUCCCACGGUUCCUUCCUGCGGGGCCGCCUGACCACCACAACCUGCUGCCGCCGCUGCUGCUGCUGCGGAGCGGGUGGGAAGAGGAGGGAGGAGGCGCCACAGCCUCCACUCUCAUUUUGGGAAAGUGCUGUGUUGUUGUCGGAUGGAGGAUGGAAGACAAUCACAAGAAGAUUCUUCAGCGCAACCGGGUCAGUCUGGUGAGCGAGCUGGACCCAUCCACGCUCUGCGAUAGCCUGCUGGCAACAGGAGUCUUCACCCAAGACAUGAUCGAUGAGAUUAAGAGCUCUGGGACCAGACGCGACCAGGCCAGGCAGUUGGUCCGGGACUUAGAGACCCGCGGCAGUCGAGCCUUUCCUUUAUUCCUGCAGUGUCUUCAGGAGACGGGUCAGCAGAGUCUGGCAGAGCUCCUGCAGAAUGGAGUCCCAGCAGUUCAUCUACAGCCUGCUACACCCACUAAGGUUGACCGCCCUGUGGUCCGACCUCUCCCAAUCACUUCCCCGAUGGAUGUCGGUAAGCAGAGAAGAGAAGAUGACCCUAUCAGGCCCAUUCCUCGACCCAGUACAACUCCCAGUCCAUCUCCUGAAAGGGAGGUCAUAAGACAAAGGCCAGAGGGCAGAACACGACGGAACAGUAUUCAGGGCUACAAAAUGGACGCCAGCCCAUGUGGACACUGCCUCAUCAUAAACAACGUGGAGUUUGACCCUCAGAGCGAGCUGAGCAAUCGUAGAGGCUCCAACAUCGACUCCGAAAAGCUGGAGAGAAGAUUCAAGACGCUCAACUUCAUCGUGGAAGUCAAAACCAACCUGAAACAAAGACAAAUCAAGCAUGAGCUGUCAGCUUUGUCCAAGAAAGACCACUCACGCUAUGACUGCUGUGUGGUUAUCAUGCUGUCCCAUGGGACUGAGGUGAGUCACAACCGCUUCCCUGGUGCGGUGUAUGGUGUGGACGGACAGUAUGUCCCAGUUCAACACAUCACAAACUACCUCGACGGCCAGCGUUGCCCUUCUUUACAAGGCAAACCCAAACUGUUCUUCAUCCAGGCGUGUGGAGGAGGUGAAAGAGACACAGGCUUUGAGGUGUCCCCCGACGAAGUUGAGCCAUCCUUCAGGGGAGCCGAUGACCAGACAGACGCCAUUCCAAUGUCGUCCAGCAGCGACUCCCUGAGCACGCCUGAUGAACCGGACGCCAGAGCCACUCUGCCCACGCCGUCUGACAUCCUGGUGUCCUACUCAACUUUUCCUGGUUACGUUUCUUGGAGAGACCCCAAGUUGGGAUCCUGGUAUGUUGAGACAAUGGACCAUGUUCUUGAGGAAAAUGCUGCUAUUGAUGACCUGGUUACCAUGUUGAUGAUGGUGAACAACGAGGUCUCUCAAAACUCUGCAAAAGGGCUCUACAAGCAAAUGCCUGGUUCCUUUAACUUCCUCCGAAAACUUCUCUACUUUCAAACCCCAACAUAGACCCAGAAAAGUUCAGCUUGUCUCACAUUCAGCUUCAGGUUCAACAUUUGUCUUUUUCAGUGUCAUAAAUCUUGCCUGUAAUGUUUUUGGAUUACGUCUCAGCAGAGUCGUAAGAUGUAUGAAUUUGCUAAAUUGUGCUUUUACUGAAAUGCCUUAGUGUGUAUGUGAUUUUAUUGAUUGGCACAGCUCUCUGUGUUUUCAAACGCUGGCAACUUUUCUAAAUGAAUCUCUCAGGCGUAGGUGGGAUCAUGGGAAGAUGAUGUAAAAAGACACGACAGCCAUCCGUUUUCUAAAUGGCAGCCAAUCAACAUGAUGAUCAGUUUGUGCUCUGUCUCUUUUAUACGGAUCUUUUCAACAAAUGGGAUUAUGUGUUAAAAACGUUUGUACUUUUAUGACAAAAAAGUAGUAAAUAAUAGUAAAUGACCCUGCUGUGAACGGUUGUGAUUGAUAUUCUUUGGUUAAUCUGCUGCUGAUUUAUACUCAUAUGUUUUUCUACAGCUGCAUUUUCCAUAAUCCAACACACACUGGGCUACAGAUACAGCUAAUGUAGCACAAACAGCUGGUCAGGGGCAGAAUGAGUCAUCGGACAUUUUCACCAGCAUACCUCAUGUCAGAGUCUGGUUUUAUGCAAACAGUGAGCGCAGAAACAAGUGGGAUACAAUGUGAUUCAACAGCUGCUACAUUGUCAGGGGGUAGAACCAUUAGAGAGGAGACCUCCAGCUCACCAGCAGUGGCAACUCUUAAAACAACAAUUGUACUGUAUUCUGUAUGAGCUCAAAUUGUGUUAUUUGAUGUGCUACCUCUGAAUUGUGACAAGGGAGCUGCUCUCACUCAGUGCACUUUAUCCUGAUCUCCAGUAGAGGGUGUUUGUGUGUCACAGAGUAAUCACCUUCUCACAGAUACUGUUUAAGUAGCCUCUAUGUGUAUAGUGGUUCCCUCCGUUACCACCAGGGGGCUUAAUGGAAUGGAAAAUGGCAUUUUGUUUGCAGUUCAGUGACCUCAUAACAACACAUACGCUUUCUACUCUGGAACUAAGUCUCUUCUCAGGUUCUCUGGUAGAGUGUUCCAGCGACUAGUUGUCCUCUGAUAUAAGACUUCCUUUGAAUUUAAAAAAAUGAAUAAAGCUGUGUCACCAAAUAAGGUGUAAGUACAAAGCAGCACAAUAGGUGUGUUUCAAAUCAGAUGCUGUCACAGAUGUUGCUUCAGUAAAUUGAAAACCUCACAUUAAAAAUAACAUUCAAAUAGUUAAGUCUCUUACAAAUGUGUUAGCUAUUCCGUUUGAAUGAUUAUUAUGGGGUGUUGGUGGUGGUAAAUCCUGUAAUAAAGUAAUUGAACCUGAUGUGCUACAGAGUUACUCAGGGAUAAGUUAUUAAUUCUUUAACUGUAUAUGUAUUUUUCAUUCUGUUUUACAGUACCAUUCUCAGUCAGUUCAGUGGAUUCAGUCAUUCAUCAUAGAUGCAUGUUCAUGCUGAAGAUUGUAAAUGUAUUGAUGCUCAUCAUCACUCAAUUCUAUAUAAAGAGCCAAGAACUGUUUACAGCA